AUGCUAGAAGAACCACUUGAGUGGCCGCUGCAGCUGCGCUUGAAGAACAAUGGUGACUGCGUGCGAGAGGGUGGCCUGGCCCGUGCCCUCAGCGUUGACGCCUCAAUGCGGGCCUCUGUGGAUGAGGAUGACGCCCCGACUGCACCCGAGGACGUCCCCUGGCGUGAGCCACCGUGUCUGGACGGCCCCAAAAUGUGCCCUGGGACUCCCUGGGAAGCCCGUGGGACUGAGCCCACAAUGCCGGAAGUGCCACGUGAGUGGCUGCUGCAGCUGCGCUUGAAGAACAAUGGUGACUGCGUGCGAGAGGGUGGCCUGGCCCGUGCCCUCAGCGUUGACGCCUCAAUGCGGGCCUCUGUGGAUGAGGAUGACGCCCCGACUGCACCCGAGGACGUCCCCUGGCGUGAGCCACCGUGUCUGGACGGCCCCAAAAUGUGCCCUGGGACUCCCUGGGAAGCCUGUGGGACUGAGCCCACAAUGCCGGAAGUGCCACGUGAGUGGCUGCUGCAGCUGCGCUUGAAGAACAAUGGUGACUGCGUGCGAGAGGGUGGCCUGGCCCGUGCCCUCAGCGUUGACGCCUCAAUGCGGGCCUCUGUGGAUGAGGAUGACGCCCCGACUGCACCCGAGGACGUGUAA